AUGGCUGUGUCAACGACGCACAAUGAAUCUUACAGUCCUUUUAAUAUAACGAUCAAUAAACAAAAACUACAACAUAUCCACGAUGUUUCAUCAUUAGUUUUGGGGAUAGUAGCAGGUAUAAUGACAUUGGAAUCAAUUUAUGGAUUUUUAUUUUUCCUAAUUGGUAAUUUCGUGACUAAUAUAGUCUUCUAUGUAAUCUGUACACAAGGUAAUAGUCAUAAAUUUUUCAGAAAUCCAAUACAGGAAAUUUUUAUUGAAGGAAUCCCAACUGAUAUAGCUGGAUACAUUAUGAUGUGGUGUUUGAUAUAUGCGUUGGUGAAAUCAAACUCCUAG